AUGGCCGUGAUGGCAGAAGUUGAUGCUGAUGCGGAUGCGGAUGAAACAGCAGCGACUCCUCUCGGGGCUUCAGACGGCGGCGAUGCAGGCCCGACCAGUGGACCAGAGCGAAAAGCAGCGGUGUGGAGAGCAGCAGAAGCAGCAGCAGAAGCAGUCCGAGCAGUCCAAGCAGUCUAA